AUGCUUCUGCCUGGAUUCGUAUUCAGCCGCGAGAAGAAGAGCUGGCGCCACAAAUUCCGCUCGGCCAAGCGCCUGCCGCUUCCCGACCCUGUCGAUCCGUUCACCGUUGUCUCCAGCUUCCCACUGCUCGAAACCUCACCCACCGAGUCGACUUUUUCUGCUAGCUCCACCUCAUCGGGGUCUGCGGAGUGGUCGUCGCCACCAUCGUUGUUUGGCACGCCCACCAGCUCCUCCACCCCCAACAGUGUCCCUGAGACGCCGCCCCGGAACGCCAGCUGGUCUGGCUCUUCGAUCCUUCUGCCGCUGAGAAUCAGGUCCUAUCGCAAGUCGCUGUUUCCAGGCACGGGACUGCCCUCGUCGUCGCUUAAGGGCCCGGCUGUCAGGCCGUUCAUUGUCUCUCACUCGCCACACACUCCCCGUGCCGCCAAUGGUGCCAGCGCCAAGGCGACGGCUGUUGACAAGUGCUUCGUGUGCGAGGAGCUCCUUGUCAACAAGCUCGAGCUGGAGCCGCUUGUGCCCCUCCAGUGUGGUGACUACCUCCAUUGGGAGUGUUUCAAGUUGGCAGUGCACCACCAGGUGCAAAAAAUAUCGCUGCGCGAAAUCCCACACUCCCGCCACCAUUUGAUGACACAUGCUUUUCCCCCGUGCCACGGCAGUGUGUGUGCUCUGCGUGGUACGGAGACUGACAUCGCCCCCCGAGACUUAGGGGUGUGCGACGAGCUCUUUGCCCCAUGUCUUGACGGAGCCACGGCGUUUCUCGACUCCGAGUCCGCUCUGGCGGUUGCAAAUAUGUCGGUUCCUGCACAGUGCCGCCCUCACCCUCCAGGGUGGGAGCCAGCUGCGAAAAAGCCGGUUGAUUUUGAUGAGGUGUCGGUGUUCACCACCACGACUCCAGUGAUCCACAGUCCCAGGCCCAGCCAGAGAGUGGCUGUGCCCUCGUUUGCAGCCAGCAACUUGGAUUUGGCCAGCUUGUCGAUGGCGCUUAGCUCACGGUCUCCGUCGCCCACUCCCACCAUCUCCACCUUGAACACCGUCACUGUCAAGAUCGAUGCCCACCGAGCCAUCUCGAUGGACUCGUUGAAAAGCCAGCUCGUCAGGCUAUUGAUCCAGAACUGCUCCUCGCUAAGCUUGAACACCUUGCUCUUGUUCGGGAACUUGCGACUCGUAGACCGUUUGCUCGCCAGUUUUGAUGGUGCGAACUACCACCCCCAAAUAGUUUACCUCUUCGACACCCACGCCGUGGCCUGGCACGAGGACACUUCUGAAGAGGCCAUCUUGCUUGAUAUCAGGGACGGCCGUUUCACUACUCCCAGGGCCUCCAUUCUCAAGGUGUCUACAAGGAACAACUGUGGUCGCUCCAACAUUUGGCUACACUCGGAAACUGCGUCCAUAAUCGAAAAAUGGGUAGUUGCGUGCUGUGAUCAGUCCUUCACGUUUCCAGUGGAAAUUAUUACCUCCACAAUCACGAUAGACGAAGUCAAAGAUGCAAUCGCCUCUAAUGGCUCCCACACUACAGCCAGCGUGUACUGCCCCACGCUCUCACCACAGAUCGAAUCCCCCACAGACUCUGGAAAUGCGAGCGAUUCUACAAUUAACAUUCCAAGGGUAACCACGGAAAUAAAAUCCAAAACUCCCGUUAUUAUCAGCGAGAUAUCCUAUGAAUCUGAUUCCAGCAUUGAUACUGAUUCCGAUAAUGAGUUCAUCUCCCGAGUGCUUGACAACGUCAAGGAUACAAAUUUGUUGGUGAGCAAAACCAAAAUCGAUAAUCUCUUUCGCAGCCAUAGCGGCCACGAGGACGAGUCCGAAAACGAUACGGAUGUAUACGAAAGCGACCAGGAUUCAGACGCUGAAAAAAUCGAUGCAUUAAUGAUAAAGGAGCCCGUCGCUAAUUCUAAAAGAGAGGUGGAAACAGAAUGGAAUACGCUAAUAUCUAAUAUUGAUGAAGCAAUCACCACAAUUCUUCACUAG